AAAAAAGUCUAGAUUCAUAUUUAGAGAAAAUGGCCAGCAACAACCCCCUCGUCACCCACAUUUACACCGCAGACCCCUCUGCCCACGUCUUCGACGGCACACUAUACAUCUACCCCUCCCACGACCGGGAGACAGACAUCCAAUUCAACGACAACGGAGACCAAUAUGACAUGUAUGACUACCACGUCCUCUCUAUGGAGAAAGUCGGCGGGCCCGUAACAGACCACGGUGUCGUCCUCUCGACCCCGGACGUCCCCUGGGUGUCGAAACAGCUCUGGGCUCCCGACGCGGCUACAAAGAACGGCAAAUACUAUCUCUACUUCCCGGCGCGCGACAAGCAGAAUGUCUUCCGCAUCGGAGUCGCUGUGAGCGACUCCCCCUCGGGGCCCUUUAAGGCGGAACCUGAGCCUAUCCCCGGCAGCUAUAGUAUUGACCCCGCUGCGUUUGUCGAUGACGAUGGACAGGGCUAUCUUUAUUUCGGCGGCCUGUGGGGCGGCCAGUUGCAGUGCUGGUCGCAGAAUGCAGCAGGGGAGUGGGUGUUUGAUGAGUCGAAGACGGGGCCGCAGGAGCCUGCGGGGGAAGGGGUGGAUGCGCUGUUUCCACGCGUUGCGAAACUGUCCGGGGGCAUGGUGACAUUUGCGUCCCCCGUACAGGAUUUGCAGAUUCUCGAUGCGAGCGGAAACCCGCUGGCUGCGGAUGACCAUGACAGGCGAUUCUUCGAGGCCGCAUGGAUGCACAAGUACAAUGGGAAGUACUAUUUCUCGUACUCGACGGGUGAUUCGCACUAUAUAGUGUAUGCGACGGGAGACUCGCCGCUGGGGCCGUUUACUUCUCGCGGCCGGAUCUUGGAGCCUGUUCUGGGAUGGACCACACACCACUCCAUUGCGGAAUUCCAGGGCAAGUGGUAUCUCUUUUAUCAUGAUUGUUCGCUCUCGGGGGGUGUGGAUCAUCUGCGAAGUGUAAAGAUGAGGGAAAUCGUGCAUGAUGCGGAGGGGGCUAUUCAUCUUGCGUCGAGUGAUUAGAUUUCGCCGUGAUGGGGAAUGCUAUCUAUCAUAUGGUCUGGUUUUGAAUGAUUUCUUUGAUCGUGAGCACGAUAUGGCUGGACUCAUUGGAAAAAUGUAUAUAGAUACCUUGAUAGAAUCGACCUGGCUCUAAUCUUGAUCUAAGCAAAUGUGAACGGACUCUAUUG